AUGCUGGGGGAUAUGGGGGUUCAGGAUGUGUCCCUGGUCCCUAGAGCAUCACCUGAACAGCUCCUUCCCCUCAGGCAGGGGCCGGAGAAGGGACUGGUGCCCGCCAGCGCCGUUCCAGAGAGCCAGGGCAGACGGUGCCUCUUCCCAUGGCAGCCAGGCCCCCAUGUAACACCAGCCAAACUGGACACCCCUGUCCCACGAGAGACCCCUGAGCCCAGCCCGGGCUCACCUGUCACUGCCUGGCCCCACAGCAGCCCAGAAUCCCACCGGUCAGACAGGGACACACACCGCAAUGUCGCCACCAUCACUGAGCUGUCCACUGAGAAUGUCCCCGAGGUGGAGCUCAUCAGCCUGCUGGGCGAGCAGCUGCCCCGCUACACGCUGCGGGCUGACACCGUGUUCGGCUAUGACCACGGCGACUGGCUGCGAGCGCCGCCCGGCCCCCUGCAGCCCGUAGCCCCCCUGACCCCCCAGCAGAUAGAGGAGACCCUGCAGUAUUUACGUGAGUUGUGAGGGUGGUGGGUGCACGCCCAGUGUCUGCGCGGGGUCGCAGUGGUGAGGACAGCCUGGGAGUUAAUCACUGCUAAUGGGAUUGACGGGCUGGAUUUCCUCACCCAGAACAUCCCAGGCUAAUUCUGGGGGCAGCUUCUUCUGAGCCAAGCCGGAUAUUGGGAGACAGCCCCCAUCAUUUCCUGGGACCCCCUGCAUGUCUCUGCUCCCCUGUGCUGUGGCUCACAGGUGGGAUACUGGUGGGGCUGGCAGAAAGUGUGCCAGUGAAUCCCAGGGCUACUACUCUCCCAAAUGUGACAGCCCAGAGCAAGGCUCAGGGCCCCUGCUGCCAGCAAAGCUCCCAGAGCUGUGGGGAUCCCAGGGGAAGGUCCCUGCAGCCCCCAUGGCCAGGCAGGGGCAAUGCCCAUGGCAUUGUGGUGUGGUCUGUUCCUGGAACAAGGUCGGGUUCAGCGGG